AUGGACAUCCCCCAAUCUCCAUUUUCGAUGCCGUCAUUAGUGCGACCAUAUGGGUUGAGGUUGACUGGACUCGAGCACUUCACCACGACCCUCUCGUUCACAACAACAUCGACAACAACGAUCAUGUGCGGACGAUACGCUCUCGGCGCUGCCCAUAUCGACUUUCUCGAAGGACUGCAAGACCAGUAUGCGCGUCUUUUCCCCGGCAGACGCGAUGGGGGCCCCGAUGGCGCGCGAGUGAGGGGUGGCGGCGGGGGAGGUCACGGACGCGGUCCUCAACGUCUUCGAGGCGGAGGCGCGGGCGGCCAGGAUCCGUCCUUGGACACUGCCGAGGCUUCGAGUUCGCAAGACGCCGCAUCCAGCUCGCACAUGCAGCUUGAAAGGGAGAGCAAGGCCAACCCGUGCAUGCCUGUCGCCAAGGAGGAGGGUAUCAAGUGGGAACGCGAACAGGACUUUUGGCCCAGCUACAACAUUGCACCCCGACAGCGUGCACCUGUGGUACGCCGUGACCCAUCAACCGGAGAUGUUAUGAUGGAGACAAUGCAGUGGGGUCUCAUUCCCCACUGGACCAAGUUCCCACCGACGGGCCCGCUCAACACGAUCAACGCACGCAGCGAGGCACUCAUCGACCCCUCUUCCGGUGGCAUGUGGCACGCGCUCAAGGGAUACAAGCGUUGCGUGAUCCCGGCCCAGGGAUACUACGAGUGGCAGAAGAAGGGUACCACAAAGGUGGCCCACUUUACGCGUCUUCCCCUACACGACAACGACACCGCCAGCGCGCCGCCCAUUCUCUUCUUUGCGGGACUGUGGGACCAAGUAACGUACUCUGCUCCUGUGCCGUCCAAGUUUGUGCCCAAGGAAGGCGACGACCGCGAACCGUACCCUACGGGCAACCCGGUGCCGCUUUCUACAUUUACAAUCCUCACUACCACGCCAGCCAAGGACAUUGCGUGGCUGCAUGACCGCAUGCCCUGUGUUCUCACGGACCAGGAUGAGAUUGCACGCUGGUUGGAUUUGGGCGAGCCGCCACAGGGAUGGAAGGAUGGUAAGGGAGGUACAGCCGAUCUUCUGCAUAGUUUUACGGGUCUUGCAAGAAGCUACCCUGUCGUCCCCGAGGUUGGCAAGAUUGGCCACAGCGAGCAAAACUACAUCCUGCCCGUCGCAGAACGCAAAGACGGCAUCAAGUCGUUCUUCCAGAAGCAAGCGGCCUCGCCCGUCAAGGCCAAAGCCAAGCUCGAGCAUGACCACGUCAAGGAGGACAUCAAGCCAGUGGCCGAAACGCCUACAGAGAGCAAGCCCAAACCGGAAUCCAAGGCUGAUGUCAAGCCACCAAGGAAGGACGCUCCCCAAGUCGUUGUUGUGGACGAUGACGAAGACGAGGUCAAGCCGACUGCCUCUCAGACGGAUACACCAGGGAAGAGGAAGCGCGAGAUUCAAGAUCCUCCUCGAGGCGGCAGGCAGACAAAGGUUGUUCGCCAACAGCCAAAGGAGGAGUCCAAGGGACAACCGUCCAUCACGAGCUUUUUCAAGUCGCCUAGCAAGAAGAAGUAG